CUCCUCGAACCUGCUGAACCUCCUUUCUCGAAUGUACCUUACACGUCCGCAAAUACACCACCACACGCCAUUCUCAACAGCUCCCAAACGGCAUAUCGAGCGCCUGCCUGGCCAGGUGUCAACGCGACCGAACAGCUGCUUCUCUCGGUACCUCCUGAGUCCCGAUCGCCCAGAUGGUUAGGAUUGCAGGCUCAUCGUAGCACAACCCACCGCACGCACGAGGCGUCAAAUCUGAGGGAGGCGGGACAAGAAGGAGGACAGCCGACGUACAUGCUGCUCUGUGUGUGCGAGGCAUUCUUUUAGUCUGCUUUGAGCACCGUGUGAGCGUUGCGGAGCAAGUAUUUUUGGUGUUCAGACCCGGGCACCCCAAACAGAAGCACUCUUCACCCUCUGCCUUGAGACAUCUCAUGUAUGCGGCCACCACACCCCAAUGAUACACACGCAGCGAAUGCCCACCAUGGACACAACCACGAUGGACUCUUCGACCUCGCAGCUAGGCUUCGCAACUGAAGAGUCUGCCGGGUCUGGAGCUGAAGGGCGUGCUCCCCGGAAGCGCCUCCAGCGCGCAGCCAACGCAGAAAACGAUGACCCCUUACGCAAGUCAGGGAUGUCUCUUCCCUUCCAACGGCCAAGAGAUGCCAUUGCUGCUGGCGGUCCUGCUGCUGCACAACAAAACGAGUCCGCUAAGAUGAAUAUGCAUGCGCGACGUCGCUCUACGUUACGAGAAAACAAUAGACCGCUUCUGGGCCCACGACCAUUGGAAUCAAAGAGAGUGAUCAGCGACCAUGCACCUCCUGCGCGCCUUCCCACGUCACAAUUGCCGACGUCCACAGGCGAUCACUCGCUUAGUUCGGGCGUCAAUACACGAUACUCCUUCACAAAGCUUCGUGAGAGUAACCAGAGCAGAGAAAGCACCGGAUCGCAAGAUUUCCUGCCCUCCGUUAGCUUUGAUGACUUUCACGCGAGCCUAGCAUCAAUCGAUCCAGAUCUGGUUCAAUUUCCUGUACCCGGUGGUGACAUCACGACCGCUGCGUCACGCCCGCGGCUGGACUCGCCUAGCAAAUUGACUCUCCCGGAUGGAAAGCCCAAUCUUGGCCAAUCGGUAAUGGAGAGAGGUACAGGCCGAGGCAGCUCGACUAGUGGUGAUGCCAGUAAGGUAGCACGAAGCUCGUCCCUCGCCCGUCGCUUUAGCAAUGCACGCCGUAAUCUAGACCAAAGCUCGUCGGCAGAUACAGCUGCAAUGCCUCCACCAGCAGCUCCUGCCGCCGGAGGUCGGAGUCGACGUCAGAGUUCCAUCACCUCAAACCCAGGAGGUUCGGUUACGUCUGCUCCUACUACAACGGCUCGGCCGCCCCGCAAGUCGGUCGGACCUGGCUUGUUGUCACAGGGCCUGGAAGAGCGAAGGGCUGCUAGGGAAGCACAAGCGGGCGCUGGUUCCGUUUCUCGCACUUCAUCGAUGAACAAGGGAGUCAGGAGGGAGACUUUGGGACAUCAGUCUGGAUCCGGGCCUGAUUUGGCACGACUCGCGCAACCUCGAAACCCUCGAACGAAAUCUUUGCAGCCACCUCCACGUGGACAGUCGAGUAAUCAUUUAUCUGCAACACCAGUCAGUGGUUCAUCAGCUACACCAAAUCCAGUCUCUCCGGCUCGCUCGACAACGCAUCGUAGCCACACUCCAUCAUCCAGUACAAGCAAAAGACAGUCGAUUCAUGUCGGUGGGCUGGGCGCCAGGACGAUAAGUCCGACAGAUGCCCGUAGACUAAAGAGGCUAUCAACAGCGGGCAAGUUACCCGUACCCCAAGCGCCACCAACACCGCAGCCGGAUACUCUCCCAGGUCUGCACCUCAGCAAUCAUGUUCAGCUGGCAGGAUUACGAAAUAAGACUGCCACGCCCUCAUCCGCACGAAAUACGCCAGAUCUUGUUAGUGGAAAGAAGGGUGGGUUCACAGGUCAAAUACCCGUUCUCUCCUCGAGUUCGAGCUAUAGCUCGCUACGCGCACCAAAUGGUGGCGCCUCUUCAAGAAAUAGUCAAAUCAUGCAAGGUUCGAGAAUACCGACGCCGAAACCAAGGAAUGUGCACAGCUCGGCCGGGUUUCAGGAAGAAGAGGAGGUGCCACCAGUACCCGCGAUCCCAAAAGCGUUCGAAUCGCCAAAGGACAUACAAAAUGGCGAGUCGUACUUUGGAGCACGGAAGUCACAGAAAGUUGAGGGCGAUGAAUUGAAGGGCAGUGUGUCGAAAUUCUCGAUAGAUGCUGGGCGGGCUGGAUCGAAAAUAGGAGGCCGCCCGAGCAUGGAUGUAUCGGAGCUAACAACCCUCGGCCAAGAUCGUGGCGGAGUCUCUGUUAGUGCCGCGCGGCAUAGAAGAGGCCUGACUGUGGGCAGCGGUGAUCAUGGUGAAAAAGCGCCACAGCCUAGUGCAGCGUUGAACAAGAAGAACCUGCAGCCACUGAGGCUGCCUCCGCUAAACCUCUUACCAUUGAGUAUGCCUACAGCGGCACGAAUUGCCAAUUUUCAUGGAACAAAUCUCGACACAGACGAGAGACAACAUGCGACUCCACCUCCAAAGAGAAAUUACACCAAAACUCCAAGUACACCAAUGACCGCCUCUAAGGCGACAUUCUUCACAAAGAACGGUCAGGAGUAUGAGGAUGAUGCCUAUGACUUGUUCAAGCGCAGUGCUAGUUCGAUCCACUUGGUCGACCAUUCAGCAUCUCGAUCACUCGGCCUUUCACCGACCACGCCGGUUGCCAUUCCAAGUCCUUUUCCUCGAAAUAAUGCGCGCACGCCAUUCGCAUCUUCGUCACUGCCAAAGCCGGCAGGCGAUUUUGGCCCCCUGGGCAACACGUCCGAGCAGGAGAUGCAUCCUCAGCAAUUGGACAGCAACAAGCCAACUGAUGCCAACACAGCGGUUGCAAGUCCUAAACCGCAGACACUGCUUAUUAAGAAGGAGGCGCCAUCGGCGAGAACAUCAACUUCUGACGAACCAAGCACACCAGCCUCAACAUCAUCGAACUUGCGACGCAAGUUGAGCUUGAGCUGGAAGCGUAGCUCAUCAAAAGCCUCACAGCGUGCGAAAGCUGAAAAGGCAGAAGCUGAAAAGGCGGAGAAAGAAGCAAAGGAGGAGGCCAAGAGAGCUUCUAAACAAAGUCAAAAGGACAUGCCUCCUCCGAAGUUACCUGCUUCUUCGGGCUGGAAUGGUAACUUUAGUCCCACAAUUACAGAAUCGUCGUCACGACCUUCUUUUGAACGUUUUGGCAGAAAGGCUAGCGGUAGUGCGUCGAUCAAAGAUGCCAGCUUGUCCGAGGCGUUCAGUAGUAUUCCUGAUCUCAAACCAACGCUCUCAAAUGACCCGCCAUCUACAUACAAUGAACAGCGACGCAUGGCAUCGAGAUCGACAUCAUCGUCCGUACUUACGCCAAUGCAGCGCAUACUAGGUACUAAGAGCUCACUUGGAACGCUCAAGGCAAGACAUCUAGAUACGAACUUAGAUAAAGACGACCUGGCUGCCGAUAGAAUUAUGGAAAAAAUGGGCUCGAAGCGUAAGGAUUUCGAACAAGCGGCGCGAGAACUCGAUGAGCUUCGAAGGAGGGCCGUACCACGAGAAAAGCUCACCGCGCAACAGGCUACUCAAUGCUGGGAUCUUAACAUCUUUGAACGCGGCGAGAUCAUCGACUAUAAAGAGGUGUACUUUUAUGGAACGAAGAACGCGCGUAAACAUGUGGGCGAUCUCAACCACGCAACAAAUAAUUUCGGCUAUGAUGAUGACCGGGGCGACUACAACAUAGUGCUGGGUGAUCAUCUGGCAUACCGAUAUGAGGUCGUGGAUAUGCUCGGCAAGGGAAGUUUUGGGCAAGUUGUGCGGUGCAUUGAUCACAAAACUGGCAUGCUCGUUGCCAUCAAGAUAAUCAGGAAUAAGAAGCGAUUUCACCAGCAAGCCUUGGUCGAGGUCAAUAUUUUGCAGAAAUUACGCGAAUGGGACCCCGACAACAAGCAUAGCAUGAUCAAUUUUACGCAGAGCUUCUACUUCCGAGGCCAUCUGUGUAUCUCGACAGAAUUGCUUGGCAUGAAUUUGUACGAGUUUAUCAAGGCGUACGAAUUCAAGGGUUUCCCACUUCCCCUUAUUCGUCGCUUUACAAAACAGAUGCUGAGCUCUCUCUGUUUGCUCAAAUCAAAACGCGUCAUUCACUGUGAUUUAAAACCGGAAAACAUCCUUCUGGCGCACCCGAUGCACUCUGAGAUCAAGGUGAUUGAUUUUGGCUCUUCAUGCUUUGAGCAUGAGAAAGUAUACACAUAUAUCCAAUCGCGAUUCUAUCGAUCGCCUGAGGUUAUUCUGGGAAUGAGCUACGGAAUUCCAAUCGACAUGUGGUCUCUAGGGUGCAUACUUGCUGAGCUUCUAACUGGAUAUCCGAUAUUUCCUGGCGAGAACGAGCAAGAGCAAUUGGCUUGUAUCAUGGAGAUAUUUGGUCCUCCCGAGAAACACCUGAUAGAGAAGAGCUCGAGAAAGAAGCUGUUCUUUGAUUCCAUGGGAAAACCGCGCGUUACCGUUAGCUCAAAAGGACGGCGGAGGAGACCGAGUUCAAAGACGCUUCAACAAGUGUUAAAGUGCGACGACGAGGCCUUUUUGGACUUCAUUCAACGAUGUCUGCGUUGGGAUCCGGACAGGAGGCUGAAGCCAGACGAAGCUAUGCAGCACGAGUUCAUUACAGGCGUCAAACGCACAGCUCCAGCACGAACGAGAGUUGCUCAAGGCACUGGACCGACGGCAACCAGUAGUCCAGUGAAACGGUUCAAUACCGUCCAUCAGACGCCUCGUAGCAAGGCGCAACAAGAGGGCGGCGGUGCACGCCCUCUUCCUGAACCUCCCGCGACAAGCUACAGGAACGGCGCUGGCGUUCCGGCGCCUUCCACGUCGCCCGUGAAGGGUGGGACAGGACGCAGACAUUCCACAUUUACCGCAGGGCAGAGCACAACGGGAGCGAAGGGCAGUGUAGAGAAGAGAACGGUGACAGGAACCACAGGGCUUGGGCCAAGUGCAAGUGGAUUGCCCAGGGUGGCUCAAGGAGGCAUCAGUCAAGGCAGAAGCGUGAGCGGCAAGCCGGAUCUGGCGAGUGCGGCUGCAGCCGCUAGUCUAGGACGAAGUCAGCAGUCGAGACUCUGACAGAUCCAAGCUAGGAUGGCACGACACAUGACUCCUGGCGGGUACACGAGUCACCAACAUAACAUGAAGGAACGACGCAGUACAGAAAACGUAUAUCUUAUGUUUAUAUUCUAAUCAUGUUCCCCAUCAUUACCCGAGACGUCUGUUUUGUAGAAAGUAGGUAGCCAGAAGAAGUCGGGGACGAUCAAGGGCUUGCAUUUGUAUGUACUUAAUGCAUUGGGUCUGGUGCUGUAUCUUCGAUUCUUCCGGACGGGGAGGACUCACGACAUCAAGAGGCCAGAGAAAACAAGAGGAGUCCUUUUUAUUUUUGACGUAAAUAGACAAUGGUAGCUUCUGUUGCCCCGCGGCUUUGCCACAGCACGCGAC